GGGGACAAGUCUGGGCCUGGGGUGCUGCUCGCGGCCCUCUCGAGAGGCCUGCCCGACAGCCUCCGGGAGCGGGGCUGGGCCAGGCUGCGCAGGCCUCCUCCCCCAGGCCUGGUCUCUCACAGGACGCCCCCUCCCCGCUCUUCCUGCCGGGCUUCCUCUCGCCUUUUCCUGUCCCCCACCCAGUGCUGGGAGCUGGGACAGAGGCUACAGCUUUACGGGAGCGGAGGGACCGGGAACCAACCCAGGCCGGCGGAGCCAGGGCCUCCGGGGGCUGCGGGACCCGACGCAGGGGCCAUGCUGUCUGGCGAGCGGAAGGAGGGCGGGAGCCCCCGCUUCGGGAAACUCCAUCUCCCCGUGGGCCUGUGGAUCAAUUCCCCCAGGAAGCAGCUGGCCAAGCUGGGGCGGCGCUGGCCCAGCGCUGCCUCCGUCAAGUCUUCGUCCUCCGACACGGGGAGCCGCAGCAGCGAGCCGAUCCCCCCGCCGCCGCCGCACGUGGAGCUGCGGCGGGUGGGCGCGGUGAAGGCGGCCGGGGGAGCCUCGGGGAGCCGCGCCAAGCGCAUCUCCCAGCUCUUCCGGGGCUCGGGCACCGGGACCGCCACGGGGUCCGGCGGCGCGGGAGGCCCUGGGACUCCGGGGGGCGCGCAGCGCUGGGCCAGCGAAAAGAAGCUGCCCGAGCUGGCGGCGGGCGUAGCCCCCGAGCCCCCACUGGCCGCCCGCGCCACUGCGCCCCCGGGGGUCCUCAAGAUCUUCGGCACGGGGCUGGCGCUGGGCGCCAACUACAAGAGCGUGCUGGCCACGGCGCGCUCCACGGCGCGCGAGCUGGUGGCCGAGGCGCUGGAGCGCUACGGGCUGGCGGGCAGCCCCGGCGGCGGCCCGGGCGAGAGCAGCUGCGUGGACGCCUUCGCGCUGUGCGACGCGCUGGGCCGGCCCGCGGCGGCAGGCGUGGGCAGCGGCGAGUGGCGGGCCGAGCACCUGCGCGUGCUGGGCGACUCCGAGCGCCCGCUGCUGGUGCAGGAGCUGUGGCGGGCGCGGCCCGGCUGGGCGCGGCGCUUCGAGCUGCGCGGCCGCGAGGAGGCGCGCCGGCUGGAGCAGGAGGCCUUCGGGGCGGCGGACGGCGAUGGCGCGGGCGCCCCCUCGUGGCGGCCGCAGAAGAACCGCUCCCGGGCUGCGUCCGGCGGGGCGGCGCUAGCCAGUCCCGGCCCGGGGACGGGGUCGGGACCCCCAGCCGGGUCCGGAGGCAAGGAGCGCUCUGAGAACUUGUCCCUGCGACGCAGCGUGUCGGAGCUCAGCCUGCAGGGGCGGCGGCGGCGGCAGCAGGAACGCAGGCAGCAGGCGCUCAGCAUGGCCCCGGCGGCAGCGGAUGCCCAGAUCGGACCUGCAGACCCCGGGGAUUUUGAUCAGUUGACCCAGUGCCUCAUCCAGGCCCCCAGCAACCGCCCCUACUUCCUGCUGCUCCAGGGCUACCAGGACGCCCAGGACUUCGUGGUGUACGUGAUGACGCGGGAGCAGCACGUGUUCGGCCGCGGCGGGACCUCGUCGGCCCGCGGCGGGUCCCCGGCCCCGUACGUGGACACCUUCCUCAACGCCCCGGACAUCCUGCCGCGUCACUGCACCGUGCGCGCGGGCCCCGAGCCCCCGGCCAUGGUGCGCCCCUCCCGGGGGGCCCCGGUCACGCACAACGGCUGCCUCCUGCUGCGCGAGGCCGAGCUGCACCCCGGCGACCUGCUGGGGCUGGGCGAGCACUUCCUGUUCAUGUACAAGGACCCCCGCCCUGGGGGCUCGGCCCCGGCGCGGCCGCCCUGGCUGCCCGCGCGCCCCGGGGCCACGCCGCCGGGCCCCGGCUGGGCCUUCUCCUGCCGCCUGUGCGGCCGCGGCCUGCAGGAGCGCGGCGAGGCGCUGGCCGCCUACCUGGACGGCCGCGAGCCGGUGCUGCGUUUCCGGCCGCGCGAGGAGGAGGCGCUGCUGGGCGAGAUCGUGCGCGCCGCGGCCUCGGGCGCCGGGGAGCUGCCCCCGCUCGGGCCCGCCACGCUGCUGGCGCUGUGCGUGCAGCACUCGGCCCGCGAGCUGGAGCUGGGCCACCUGCCGCGCUUGCUGGGCCGCCUGGCCCGGCUCAUCAAGGAGACCGUCUGGGAAAAGAUCAAGGAAAUCGGAGACCGUCAGCCGGAGAACCACCCCGAGGGGGUCCCCGAGGUGCCCCUGACGCCCGAGGCCGUGUCUGUGGAGCUGCGGCCGCUCAUGCUGUGGAUGGCCAACACCACGGAGCUGCUGAGCUUCGUGCAGGAGAAGGUGCUGGAAAUGGAGAAGGAGGCAGACCAGGAGGACCCGCAGCUCUGCAGCGACUUGGAAUUGUGUGACGAGGCCAUGGCCCUCCUGGACGAGGUCAUCAUGUGCACCUUCCAGCAGUCCGUCUACUACCUCACCAAGACUCUAUAUUCAACGCUGCCUGCUCUCCUGGAUAGCAACCCUUUCACAGCGGGCGCGGAGCUGCCAGGGCCCGGCGCGGAGCUGGAAGCCAUGCCGCCAGGGUUGAGGCCGACGCUGGGCGUGUUCCAGGCGGCGCUGGAGCUGACCGGCCAGUGUGAGCUGCACCCAGACCUCGUGUCGCAGACUUUCGGCUACUUGUUCUUCUUCUCCAACGCGUCCCUUCUCAACUCGCUGAUGGAGCGAGGUGAGGGCCGACCCUUCUACCAGUGGUCCCGCGCUGUCCAAAUCAGAACCAACCUGGACCUUGUUCUGGACUGGCUACAGGGGGCGGGGCUGGGCGACAUCGCUAUGGAGUUCUUCCGGAAGCUCUCCAUGGCCGUCAACCUGCUGUGCGUGCCCCGCAGCUCCCUGCUCAAGGCCUCCUGGAGCAGCCUGCGAACUGACCACCCCACGCUGGCCCCCGCUCAGCUGCACCACCUGCUGAGCCACUACCAGCUGGGUCCCGGCCUUGGGCCACCCCCCGCCUGGGACCCUCCGCCCGCAGAGCGAGAUGCCGUGGACACAGGGGAUAUCUUCGAAAGCUUCUCCUCACACCCUCCUCUCAUCCUGCCGCUGGGCAGCUCGCGCCUGCGCCUCACGGGGCCCGUGACGGACGACGCUCUGCAUCGUGAACUGCGCAGGCUCCGCCGCCUCCUCUGGGAUCUUGAGCAGCAGGAGCUUCCGGCCAAUCACCGUCACGGACCUCCCGUGGCUACGCCUCCUUGAAAGCCAAUAGCAAACGAGCCCGCGAACCUUGAAAAAAACCCGUCGAUUCCUGCUCCCGGGAGCCCGCCCGAGCGCAGAGCGUACUGGGAGUUGUAGUUCUCUCCCCGCGUGGACUGCUGGGAGUUUGAGUUUGCGGGUGGCGGAGGAUGGGACGGUGGGGAGACGGGCUUGGGAUGUAGCGCCAAGGGGCAAUAAAGGUAUCUGUGGUAUUGGCAA